AUGGCAAGCAACAUCGAAGGUGAAGUAGAGGAAGCCGUUCAACACUCCCUGAGUGCCUCCCGCACCGCGGGGCCCGCGUUUCGGCGCUCGCCUCCGCGGGAGAGCGCUCAUGGGAGUGGGCUCCCCUCGUCUGUCCCUAUUCCUAUUGUACCUUCUAGUACAGAAGAUCUUGAUUGGUAUAACAGAAAUUGGGAAGAUAGUCCACCAACGCCUCUGUCCACGUCUCCAUCCUCAGUCAAAGAAGAAACUGUUGUUUCUUUCGAAGAGAUCACUCUGGAAAUGCUCGCGUUGCAAAAUCACGAGCCGAUUCAGAUGUACAGUGAUGUGGUAUCAGGAGCAGACUUCUCGAGACUUGUACGAGAGUUCAAGGAACGCGUCAAAAAUCUGAGCAGAACAAUCACCGAAGAAGAGAAACGUAAGUUACACAUGACAUUUCUAGGUGGUGAAGCUCGUGAAAUAGCCAAAGAAGUGCUAGAAGAUGACGAAAACUCAACCGUUGCUAAGAUUGAAUACGAGAUUCGUGACAGAUGGUUCAUGAAAUACAAGGCUAUCUUAGACCUGUGCAGACGACAGCAGGAGCCCCUCGGAGACAUUUUCACCAGAGUUGAUUGUGUCGUAAGACGUUUCACACUUUGGAGCGAGGAGAUCUAUAUUCAGCAGGAAGUAAUCGAGAAACUCGCUAGGACACUUUGUGACGACACUACUCAUUUCAUGUUGCACACGAACUUUCAGCACACAUAUCAGUGUCUGCAAAAUGGAUGGUAUGACCAACUUCAGUGGAACGAAACUCGCGAUGAAAUACUGGGUGAAACAGAUUUUGACGGAGUUGUCGGUUCAGAAGCUUCUGAAGAAGGAGAAUCUCCAUUGUUUGGUCGUACUGGAAAGAGUCUGAACAGCUUGACUAAAGCCCAAUUAGUUGCAACUAAUGUGAACAAUGAUUUCAUGUUUUCAGCUUACAAGGAAACAACAAACAAAGUCAUACAAGGACUUGUCUCAUCAUUGUGCCAAUCAACAAUGAAGGAAGUAGGAAAGGACAAGCCGCUGGACAAAGUACCAGAAUGGAUGGGCGUAGUAGAUGAUCUGUUGCUAGAUGACGACACAGAAGAAGUCAUGGAGACAUUGUUUUCGGCCAUCCGAACCAUCGCACCACAAAUCCUAAGCAAGUACUUCGAACGCGGAAGUGGCACGGAUUUCAAUCAGGACAAAUUGGAUGAUUCACAAGAAGUCAGCGAUUCACAUGCAAAUUCGGAACAACAGGAUCCAGUACAAGAAGACGUUGUGGAGCAACAGCAGCAGCUAGAAUCAGACGUACAGUCAUCAUCGUCAGGAGGAUUGCCGUAUAACUUGAGACCAAGACGUGCAUCACAAGGAUGGAAAAGGCGUUCGAGUCAAGCACAGUAA